AGCUGCAAGUGAGUGAUGAAGAUCCUCCGAUUUAGUGAUGCAAGUGUGCCGACGUCAAAGUCAAAUACAUUUUGUUCGAAAAUAAUGAGGUCGUUGCUCGUAAUCUUCUUGUCUUGGUUUUGUUUCUUCUCGAGAACGAACUAGUACCCGUCUGUCGUUUUCCCGUCCGUGCCGGUCCAGACGCGUCAACUACGAACGUGGUGCCACAGCGCCGCCAAGAACGCCAAGAACACACAACAGUCGCUUAUUUUCGGUCUAGCCUCGUACGUCCUGACGUCUCGGUCUACCUCCGGCGUGAUUUCCUCUUCCUGAGAGUCUGGAGCAGGUGGCCGUCUACCAUCCGCCCCCAAGAUGAACAUCACCCGCCCCGAUAAAAACAACAUGAAGAACGCCGGGGAGGAGCUGGACCUCUUCUACCAAAAUGACUUUUAUGAGGAAGACACUGGCGAAAAGAACGGCGCAGAUAAUCCUACCCAAACGCAGCGGGACGAAGACGUCCAGGCCAACCGCUUCGAGAUUGGCACCCCGGCCCCGAGUGCACGGGUAGAUCGAACGUCGGACGAUGUUCAGCGCGACCACUACACGCCGGGGAGCUAUUUGCAGAUGUCGGCAAACAGUGUUGCCACUUCGUCGGCAGAGUACUUCAGCAUUGCUUCGGCCAGGGGCGAGGGGACACAAGGUCUGCCGGUGGAGUCCUUCGAUUUGAGUAGUUCGCGCACAAACAAAGCCGCGGAGGUGCAGGCACGACAGAAGGCCGCGUUUUUCCAGGCUUUUGGUGCGAAAGCGGACGAUGACGACGGGGGGGAAGUGGACGAGACGGCGAAAAAAUCUUUUAGCGCGAAAGGACAAGGAUUAAUCGUCGACAACAAUUUGUUCCAAGCAGCUGAGCCAGACAUCGAGAUGGGAGUCUUCACACCCACCUCGGCUUCACACAACAACCAUCAAGCCGGCAACCCCAGUACUGCUAGGCCGAGAGACCCGUGGCACGGGUGGCGGGUGGGGACGCAGGACUCGCGGUUGUUUUUCUACAAAAAGGACUUCCGGCAAUACGAGAUGCCCACGGUGAUGGAGAGCCGCGUGUUCGGGAAGUGGAGGUUGGUGUACCCCAACGACGGCACGAAACCGUUUUACUACAACCGCAAGCUGAACCUGUCCCUGCCGAACCACCCGGUGAACACGUUGAACGUGUUUGACGCCUGCUUCAAAGGCGAUCUGUUUUACCUGCACCUGUUUCUGGACGCCUUCUGGCUGGAACUGAGCCAGGGUGUGUACGACAUAGUGGACGACACAACAGGGGGUGAGGGCUCCCGCUUCGGGGCUGCAAGUAGUUCCUCCUCCAGCAUCGAACUAUCGGGCGCGGACGAGACCACAACUCAAGAACAGAAAGAUAGCGAACAGCCAGUUACUUCGAAGAAGGCUACGAAAUCAUCGAGGACGAGAUCUAUGCAUUGAAAAAGUAUCGUACUUGUAUAGGUAAAUGCAUUACAAAUUUCCCCAGCAUGAGAAAAAAAAAGGUUUGUCAUGCGAAUUUACCUUAAAAAGAAAAUUUAAAUUUGUAUAUGCAUGAAUGCAAUUACUACGAACGAGUACGAUACUUUUGCCCAGGAUAAGAUCCGCCGUGGUUCAAUCCCUCGCGACCAUCGCGGAGGAGGCUAUGGAUGUGUCCGGUUCGAAAUCGACAAAGUUGAAAUGAUUUGUCAUGCAUAAAAUGCAAGGCAUGAUGUGCCUGUCUUGCCGGGAUGGCAAGUGAGGCCGAUUGUGAGCUUGUUUAGGGUUUGAGAUAAAGCUGCUAAAGUAGCAUAACAAAAGACGCCUUCUGUCCCUAAACAGCAUGACAAAUUGGAUUCCGGUGCUCGGAAAAUUUGUCAUGCGCCACGGCGGGUGGCUCGCAGCAAUAAGGAAACUGGCAAGGGUAAACAUCUGUCUGUGCUUGCAAUGCGCUGAUGGACUGUGCUCUGCCAAAUAGUGAAGUAAUUUGGACUACUCCAGUUCUGGUCCCGUUGCUGUAUAUUGUGCGCGGGUGCUGGGUGGAAAGGUCCAACAAAUAUGUUGGCGUGUGUGUGUGUGUGAGGAGGAAAGUUUGGAGUGCCAGGUCCGUUGGGCCCGGGGUGGCGGCGUCUUUGGGUUGAUCAAAUCACCCGAAACACAAUGCCACCUCGUGUUGCACAGUCUGUUUAUGUCAUGCGCCACUUGGAAACUGCGCUUCCGACUGGUAUCGGCUUUAUGCAUGACAAACUAUAAUUUCAACUUUGACGAUUUCAAUCCUGACACUCCCAUAGAGGCCGCGGCGGUGGAAGAGGUGCGGAAGCGAAAAAUGGACAAGUUGCAGCGACUCGCGGAGAAGUUGCAGAUCGGGGCCGCCGCGCCGGUCGGACCCUUUCCAGCGGUCGGCGGGGGGAAGCGCCCGGUCCUGUUUUUCGAAGGCGAGCACGCCAUGACGCCCGGUGGAAAUAACAACGGCAGCGACGUGUCCACACCCUCGGGGCGAACGCCGAAGUCGCCACUGUACCGCGGCGACCGGCUGAUCACGUCGGGGUUUAGCUUGACGCAGCAGGACUCGAAGAAUUCGAGUGUGGCUGGAGGGCCAACAGCUUCCGUUCUUUCUGGAUAUCGAAUGCAAAAAUGUCUGGGUCUGGAAGAAUGCAAGAUUUGUCAUGCAUAUUUCUCAUGACCGAUGAUGCCUAGAAUGCUUGGCCUAGCAUCGCAGACUUUUAGAGGGCUUCCUGAUGCAUCUUCCGCAUGAGAAAUACCCUGUCCGUGUAGCAAAUACUGUACCCCUCUUGCUGGUCAUGCAAUACAAAUUUUUUUAGAGUCCAAAAGCAGCAUGAUAAGUCGCAAUCUUCCAGACCCAGACACUUUUGCAGUUGAUACUGGAGCAGGGGGUGCAAGAACUCCACUGGUGCCAGGCAGUCCUACGAGGGCCGCGGGCGCUGCGGCAACCGUUGGCGAAAAACCGGGCACCAACAUGACAACGCCCGCACCUGAAAUGAAACCCAAGAUGACUGUGGACAAGGCCGCUGCGAUCAUGAAAAAAGCGGCUACUCUGGUACCGAAAUUGUCCUUGACGCCACCGGGCAAGGACGUGAAGAACGCCCAACCGGCUUCUGGGGGGAAGAUGAUGAUGCAGCACUUGCCGCAAGAAGGCCUCGCCAAAGCGAAACAGAGCGGGUUGGCGACCGCCACAGCGUUGCUGGCAAAAAUCAAGCAGGGGCAGGCCUCGUCCUCUUCACCCGCAGGAGCUGCUUCGCCGAAGUCACUACUGCAAACAGGCCCUGUAGUACUGGGCGUGCCGUCGUUACGUGGAACAACACUUGCGUCGUCGCCUUUGGUGGGUGGGAGCAGCCGUGGAGGUGCAGCUGCAGGAGUCUCAAACUUUUCUCCUGUCGCACAACUACAGCGGCCACGAGUCGUCGAACCAAAGGAAAUGUCCGUGUCAGUACAGACGCCACGACUGGCGCGAGGUGCCGUCAACGAGGAAGAGGACUCCGAAUCCAACGCUUCCAGCCGCGAGGGUGCUGUCGUGGCAGGAGCAAGCCUCGGGGCGGGAAAGAACGUGGUCGCACCUUCUUCUCGAGUCCUUGCGCCGGAGAGUAAAACGAGCGCCGUGGACGAAGAGGUGGAAUUGUUCGUGGGCGCAAAGUAUGCAUUGCAAAUAUGUCUGGGUCUGGAAGGUUGCAAGUUGUGAUGCUGUGUUUCCACACUAAAAAGAUUUGUACUGCAUGACCAGCAAGAGGAUUCCAGUUUGUGCUACGUGGGGGGGCAUUUGUCAUGCGGAAUAGGCAUCAGGAAGCAUUCUAAAAAUCUGUGAUGCUAGGUUCCGCAUUCCAGACCUCAUGGGUCAUGGGAAACCUGCAUUACAACCUUGCACUCUUCCAGACCCAGACACUUUUGCAGUUGAUACAAAGGAAAUCCUGGUCACGGAAAGUCCCUCCCCCUCAGAAUCUCCGUCGCCCCCGCUGACCGCGCGCUUCCCCGUAUCAUGAGGAAAAAUGCCCCCUCCCCAUAUCGAAACAAAGUUUCUGAUGCUGGAUUUCCAUACACAGAUCAGAUUUGUCUUGCAGUAGAGGAAUGCACGCAUAUGUCAAGCCUCAGCCGAGAGGUUUGACGUAGGCGCCUAGCAUGAUAAACGUGUAUGCUCUGAGCCAAACAGCAUUACAAACCGCCUGAAAAAUGCGGAACGCUUUCUGGACUUGCCUUCUUGCAAGACAGACAGGAUUUGAGGUCACAAAUGCGCAUCACAAAUUUUCAGACGGAUACGCUUUCGAUAUGGGGAGGGGGGAUUUUUCACUUCGAUACCCCGCCUCGACGCCUCCGCUGACGUCUCGCGUACAGCCGGGAGCUUCGACAUCGCCCCCACUGACCGCGAGAAUGUUGGUACCGGCCUCGUCCUAUGAAGAUGAACUGCAAAAGUACCGUACUCCUACUCGUAUAAAUGCAUUACAAAUUUUUUCAGCAUGAGAAAUAAAAUUUCUAAUGCGGAUUUACCUUACAACAAAGAUUUGUAAUGCAAGACUUGCAUUUCCAUUUAUACGAAUACGUAUAGAUACGAUACUUUUGCACAGGAUACGUCCACGCCGCCCCUGACCGCCAGGAUUGAUCCGGACAAGCCACUGCAGCUGCAGACGGUGGUGGAUGGAGUGCCCGCGAAAUUGCAUGUAGUUUCCGAGGGAGGAGGUCCUCGUGGCGGAACUAAAGGACGAGAAAGUGCUGGAAUAAAGUCGUCUCCUGUGCAGCCUGCAAAAAAACCUACAAACUCUUGGACACCACAGAAAAAGUCCUCGACGCAACAAGAAACUAUUCCGGCAACUACUAAUACACCGACUGCCGCGAAGCAAGUGCAACAAGAGGGACAACUAUCCGGCGCUUCCUCGCGAAAAAAGUCCUCGACCGCGACCCCUGGCGGAAGUACCAUUGGUGGAAAGGCCCCGGCGCGAGAACUUCUAGUGGAUGAACAAAAAGCGGCAGCUGUGAGCAUGAGCAGCAGUGCCAAGAAAAAUCAAACCCCUUCUGCUCCUGCAGCUAAUGCUAGUGCAGCCGCUAAAGCACCUGCACCACCAAAAGCAAAAGCUGCUGGAGGUGGUCCUGAUCCUGGUUCAGGAGCUGCCCAGGACGAGAAACCUCCGUCCCCGCAGCGUCUUAUCCAGGCCGUUCCUCUGAUCUCGCCAGCAACGGAACAGCUGCCCCCAAGUGGGGAACUGCAAGAAGGGCAAUUACAAACGACGUACCCAAGUAGAACCAACGAGCCCUCCGCAUCCACCGAGGAAGCGGCGAACGUGCGCGACGCGGUGCAGACUUAUCCUUAUCCUUGGAAUGAGGGGAAGGAUUUGCCGCCAGAGACCGCCUCACCGGUGCGCGGAAAAAUUCACGCGAAAGUCGAAAAGCGGAAACACCAGAGGAGGCUGUCCGCCCUGCGGCUCACGCAGAUUGAGAUAAGCAAUCGCACACAUCAUCGAUCAUCCGGGUCUGGAACAUUUUUGCAGCAGAGGGGCGGGGUGGUCAUCGCCAUGCCUUAUUUCCUCAGAGGCCAUUUCCAUGCCAUGCGUCAUUGCCAUGCCACAGAGUUUUGUGAGAGAUUGUGUGAAGUUGAAGAUCCAGAGCUAGCAUGACUCAUUCUCGAAACCACUUGAAUUGAAAUCGAGACUCGGAACUACGAUAUGUGCGCUGCAUAUGAGAAUUACUUGAGCUAUUCGGACCUGGAUGUCGCGGCCACGCCGUCAGCGAGCAGUGUGGUGCAACAAGGGACACGACCAGCACCGGUGGUGCCAGAGUCCCCGGUUUUCAGCGAGCAUUCCGGUGCGGGCACCCGCACCAGCCAGCAAAGCUCAGUUGCGGCGAGCUUCCACGAACUGCAUGGUUUUAACAACAGCAGCAUGACCACGUCAGGGCGAAGCAAUAAAUUGGCUUCAUCACAGACGAGCACGGGAACAAAUAAGAGACAGCAUGACUUGGAAUCGGUCCUGGCAAAGCGGACGCUUCUGUACGAUGAUAAGGAGAACGUCAUUUUCGAGAAAACCUCGCGUAAAACCCUCGUGCACUACGCCUGCAUGGCAACCCAGGAGCGAAUCGUCCAGUACCUCGUGGAGUGCCACUCGUUCGGCAUCCAAACGGUCGACGCCAUGGGCUUCGCCCCGCUGCACAUCGUGGUGCGAAACGGCGCACUGUCCCUGGCACGGUACCUCCUGCACGCGCGCGCGAACGUGAAUGACAAAACGCGAAACGAGUUUGCGGACACCGCCCUGCACAUGGUUUCCAGCCUGGCCAUAUGCAGUGCAAAUAUGUCUGGGUCUGGAAGCUUUCAACUUGUGAUGCUAUGCUUCGACUCCAAAAAAAUCUGUAUUGCAUGACCAGCCAGAGGAGUUCAGUUUGUGCUACGCAGAGAGGGCAUUUCUCAUGCGGGUCAGGGAUCAAGUUCAAGAAGGCCUCAGAAAACCUUUGAUGCUAGAGCAUACAUCACAGAUAUGAUGGACUAUGCAAAAUGUGCAUGACAAACUUGGCUUCUGCCAGACCCAGACAUGUUUGCAAUCCAUAGGCCAACCCCUUUUCCAUCACGUCCUUGCUGCUGGAGUACCAGGCCAACUGCUUCGAAACCAACAGCGACCACUGCACGCCCUUAGAUGUGUAUGAGAGUGCACAACUCCCCCUCCCCCUCAUUUCAAGGGCAUAAACAGCAACACAAGUCCUGGCAUCAACGCAGCUUUUGCAUGACAAAUUUUCGACCGAUUCUACUGCUGUUUCGGCUUCUGGAAUUUGCCAUGCAAGCAGUGCCAAAGGGAAAAGGGUGGAUUAGCAUUUGCUGUUUUGCAUGACAAAUGAGGGGGAGGGGGAGUUGUGCACUGUCAUAAUGUGGUGCAGCGUUCCAAGAACCACCCGGCGCGAGACGCCUUGCUCUUGAUUCUGCAACGGGAGUCGGAGCGGCAACAGCACGCGGAGAAGCAGCGGCAGGCGAGUGGUGCGGAGGGCGGCUCUAUGACAGUGCACAACCCCCCCGCCCCGUGAUUUGUAUAGCAUGAACGGCAAUACAAGCGCCAGCGAGAAUGCAGGUUUUGCAUGGCGAAUUUGCACAGGAUUGUCGUGCUAUUAUUUGGGCUGCCAGAACUUGUCAUGCAAACAGUGCCAAGAUAGAGGCACAGCCUGGAUUGGGCAUUUCGCAUGACAAAUGAGGCGGAGGGGGAGUAGUGCACAUUCAUAGGCUCUUCCAGUGGCGAAGAGGUGGACAUCACGAUGUCGGAGCGGUCGGCAGAAAAACUACUGGGCCACGACACGAUCAUAUCGCAGGAAAAAAGUGGUACAGUGCAGGCAAAGCAAGACAGACAAGCUCUCUCAUGCCGGAUAUGCAUAGGAGCCUCGUUUCAUAGGUGUUUUGCCGUAGGAUUUCUGCAUUACAAGUUUGCUCUCUCAUGCAGAGAAAUUUGUGUUGCUGAAUUGACAACAAAUGUGUAACUGUAACUUUUUUCGUGGGAUAAAUCACUCGGAGAAUCUGGGCGAGCCUGGCGGCGUUCAUUGGGAGGUAGAAGUUGGUCGCGAGGGCGGAAUUGGCAGUUUGAAGAACUUUAUCUUUUUUAGCAACAGCAUGUGAUUUUUACGACUCAAGUCCGGAAAAGCAAAACCGGGAAAGAGGCUGGAACAGUUCGUAGCAAAAACAGUCCAUGCCAAAAACAGUUCAUGAAUCUCUGCCAUGCUUGGAAGCCUUCAACAAGUUCUAUGGCGAGCAGCAACGAACCGAAGAAAGUCAUCCUAACCCCAAAGUACUUAAACUCCAC